AUGUAUCUCGCAUAUGUGUAUUCUUGGAUUGAUAUUCAACCCGAAGAUAAUGUUCAACAACAACAACCUCAUAAUUCCCCGCAAAGACUACCUGGUUCAUUUUCUGAUAAACAUAUAUCAUCAAGUGUUCAAAAUUUAUUACUUGAAGCACAACAUGAAUCACGUGUUGGAUCUGUUAAAGAUUCAAAUAGCGUUCGUUCAUCAUCGCCAAAAUCACCAAAAAGUCCACCACCAACAGAUCAUGCAAAUCGAAAGUUUAAUGACUGGAUGAUGAAUUGGGCAAGUCGUGUUGAAGCUGAACCACCAAAAGAGUGGAAACUUAUCCAUCCAUGUAAUAAAAGUGAUCCAGCUAAAUUUGACGAAGAUAAUGAUGAUGAAAAUGAAAUGAGAAAAGAAAUUAUUGGAAAAAAAAGCUAUCGUUUGAUUGUACUAACAAAUGCCUGUAGUUUUAUAUUAGGCAUGGGCAUAAUGUAUUUAUGUCUUCGGCGAUAUUUAAGAUUAAAAACACCAUGUUUCUAUGCAUUAGAAUGA